AUGGGGACGACCGCCCCCGCAAACGAGCGAAAUCGACUGCAAGAGAGCGACGCGAAGAGAAGCGGGAGGAGAGAGAGGGCACGAGAGAAUAGAGGAGAGAAGGAAGGCGAGGAGAGGAGACGCGCAGAGAUCAGAGAAAAACAACCAGCAAGAGGCGGAAGAGAAGGAGAAGAGAAGAGAGCAGAAAAAAAGCGAGGGGCAGAGCAAGGGCGUAGCCAGGAAAGCGACGAAGGAGAGGCGAAAGGCAGGUCGAGAGCGCUGCAGGGAAUUUCUCUCUCCCCCUCUCCGUCUCUAUCUCUUCCUAGUGUGCCCUCAGGGCCGGGGGGGGAGGGGCAAACCGUAGAGGAGAAGAAACAGGGGCGAAGGAAGGGUUGGCACGACUGAGCAGACGAAAAGAGAGAGACGAGAGACCAAAACGAGCGCGAGCACCGAAACACAAGGCAAAACCCAACAAAAAUGCAAGCCCUACGAACGCCAACUCUCGAACAAAGCUAAAAUCUUCUCACUUUCUUUCCUCCUUUUUGUUUUCUCCCGCUUUAUCUAAUAUUAUCUAAUCUAUUUUAUAUGGGGUUGGGUGGGGGAGUGUAUUUUAGUGUUUGGUGGUGGUUUUCCCUUAAAUACACCCUCUAAAUUACCAAGUACCGAAAAGACGCAUAUGUAAUAGCAAUAAAACACCAAGGACACACAACGCAAACCCAAACCCACAACAGGGGCAUCUGAAGUCCCCCUCCCCCCCGGAAAACCGGGGAAAACCAAAGGGGCCAAAAGUUUACAAAAAUUUUUCUUUUUUUUUUAUUUUUUUUUUUGGUACCCCCCCCGGGGGAGAAAAAAAAAAAAAAAAAAAAAAAAAAAAAGGGGGGGAAAAAAAAGGGGAAAAAGGGGGGAAAAAGGGGGAGGCCCCCCCCCCAAAACGGGAGGAAAAGGAAAAAAAGGAAAAAGGGGGCCCCGUUUUGGGGAAAAUUUUUUUCCCCCUCUCCCUCCCCCGUUCUUUCUGCCCCCUCUUUCUAUUUGCCCUCCUAUUUUUUUUUCUCCCGUUUUGGGGCCCGGAAAUAGGUGCUUCUAGUGGGUAAUGGGUAAAAUGUAUUGGGCCAGAUAAAAAGGUUUAUGCAAAACCUCACCAAAAAUAAGGACAGCAUCUUGAAUAAACCCAAAAAAAACCACAUGCACGCACACACACAUGCACACACACACACAUGCACGCACACAUGCGUGUGCUAUACAAUGAAUGUUGCCCCCUCCCCUCCUCUUCCGGUAAUCUCCCGGCUAAAGGCUUUUGACGGUAAACACAAAUUAUCUUAUCAUCAUCUCAUCUUCUGUCUGUCUGAGCGUGUGUGUGUGUGUGUGUGUGUGUGUGUGUGUGUGUCUGGGGAGCUGGUCUAUACAUUACACACUCUUGCAAUAAUGUAGUGUGAAAGGUGACGUCAAAGCACAACACAUGGUUACUAGUUAAGUAGUUCACAUCUGCUUUACUGGCACCUAGCCUAGCCCCAGCCCUACUAACCAUAAUGCACUUCUCUACAGUAGUAGACAACAUUACUGUGUUAUCCCCUAAAGGGGGGAUUGAUUUGAAAUCAUUAAUUGACAGAAUCAUUAAUUGACAGGCAGACAGACACAAAACAUAGAAAGAUAAAUGGCUUAAAGGACACAGAGACACACAGAGUGACCUAAUGUAGAUGAUAAAAUACACUGUGUAUCUGUGUGAGACAGAGGACACGGUGUAUGACCUUAUCUAGAUGAUGAAGAGGGAUAUCCUUUAAGCUGAUCGUAUUAAUUCACCCGGUGUGCUGGUCAGGUUUCUGUGUCAGUGUGUGCGUGCGCGCGUGUGUGUGUGUGUGUCAGAGAAUAUGCGGAGUACAGAAUAGGAUCCGAUGUGAGGCUUGCUGACUUGAUGUGUCAGCUGACUGUAAGGGAAGUAAACAAGGAUGACCGCUCUGUUCUAAUACUCCAAAAUGGCUGCCCUUCUUUCUCCCCUCUCUAGCUCUGUUCUCUCAUCUGUCUGUGUUUCUCUGAGGAAUAUGUAGUACAUUCUAUCCUGGUGCUGGAUACAACUAGUGUGUGUGUGUGUGUGUGUGUGUGUGUGUGUGUGUGUAUGUGUGUAUGUGUGUGUGUGUGUGUGUGUGUGUGUGUGUGUGUGUGUGUGUGUGUGUGUGUGUGUGUGUGUGUGUGUGUGUGUGUGUGUGUGUGUGUGUGUGUGUGUGUGUGUGUGUGUGUGUGUGUGUGUGUGUGUGUGCGUGCGUGUGUGUGUGUCUGUGUGUCUCAGACCAACAUAGGCAGUAUCCUGGCAGCGGUGAACCCUUAUAAACAGAUCCCAGGCAUGUAUGACCUAGAUAGAGUUGAGCUGUAUAGUCGACACCACAUCGGAGAACUCCCGCCCCAUAUCUUCGCUGUAGCCAAUGAGUGUUACCGCUGCAUCUGGAAACGACACGACAGCCAAUGCGUCCUCAUCAGGUGAGAUUUGAUUGGUCGAAUAUGAAGUUGUUGUUUAGACCUUUCCCAUCUGACCGCUUGUCCAAUCACAUCCAAUGAAGAUUCACUCUUUAAUCUGAUUGGUUUACAGACCAAAGGCUAACUCAAUAUCUAUUAAUCAAUCACUGCUUAAUAUCUGUUAUAGUCCAGGCAAUAACGUACAAAUUGUGUUAACCUAUCAGAUUAAUUUGGUGGAGAAGGUCAGAGAAAGGUUAAGUGUGGUUUUUAGGGUGUGACCAUGUAUGUGUGGGUGUGACCAUGUGUGUGCAUGUGUGGUGUGUGUGUGUGUGUGUGGUGUGUGUGUGUGUGUGUGGUGUGUGUGUGUUCCAGUGGGGAGUCGGGGGCUGGUAAGACAGAGAGCACUAAGCUGCUGCUCCAGUUCCUGUCUGUGAUGAGCCAGAACUCUGCUGGGACGCCUCCCUCUGAGAGGACCACACGUGUGGAGCAGUCCAUCGUUCAGAGCAGGUACACACACACACACACACACACACACACACACAACUAUCUAAAUACACACACACUAAUAUUCCUCUCUGUGUGCAGUCCUAUCAUGGAGGCAUUUGGGAAUGCCAAGACAGUGUACAACAACAACUCCAGUCGCUUUGGGAAGUUCAUCCAGCUCCACUUUUCCCAGAGCGGGAACAUCCAUGGUGGAUGUAUCGUUGACUGUAUCCUUCUCUGUACUGCUCUCUCUGUCCCCAGUCCCACCCCAGUGGUUCUGUCCUACUCUCCCUGUCCCCAGUCCCACCCCAGUGAUUCUCAACCUGGUCUGCAGGGACCCCAGCCAUAACACUUCAUAUUUGUUCUACAUGUUGACCACUCCUUAACUCCUUUCCUCUCAGAUUUACUGGAAAAGGUAAUGUUCUACCCUCUAUCUGGGGUGGUCUCACACACACACACACACACACACACACAUGCACACAUAAAAUCACACACACACACAACUUGUUCUAGACCUGUGUUCCUUCUACUGUAGAACCGCGUGGUGAGACAGAACCCUGGAGAACGGAACUACCACAUCUUCUACGCCCUGCUGGCCGGAGCCAACAAGGAACACAGGGGUGAGGAGAGUUCUGGUCAUGUUGAAGUUAUGGUUGUUGUGAUGUUGACCACAACAUUAUCAAUGCUGUCCAAAUGGGUGGUAAUAUUGUAGUUAUGUUGUCCCAAUGUUGUGGUGAUGCUGUGUUAACAUUGUCCUGAUGUCUGUUGUGUCUCCUAUCAGAGCUGUAUUUCCUCGACGACCCUCCUGAGUCAUUCCACUACCUCAGCCAAUCAGGCUGUCUCAAAGACAAGAGCCUGGACGAUAAACAACUCUUCAACAGCGUCAUGGUUAGUGUGUGUGUGUAUGCGUGUGUGAGUAUGCAUGUGUGUGUGUGUGGGAUAUUUGUGUGUGUGUGUUUGUAACUGUGUUUGUACGUGUGUGUAUGUUUUGUAAUAUUUGUAUGUUUGUGUGUGUGUGUGUUUGUGUGUGUGUGUGUGUGUGUGUGUGUCUGUGUGUGUUGUAUUUGCGUGUGUGUUUUUGUGACAUUGUAAUGCUGAACACUGGUUUUGUAUUGACCAUGUAGGAGGCGUUGAAGGUGAUGGAGUUCAGUGAGGAGGAGACCAGAGACAUGUUCAAACUGCUGUCUGGAGUCUUACAGCUGGGCAACAUCCAGUUCAUGACCGCCGGAGGAGCACAGAUCACCACCAAACAGGGUAUGUGUGUGAGUGUGUGUGUGUGUGUGUGUGUGCAUGUGCGUGCGUGUGUGUGUGUAACGUCUCUCUCUCUCUCUCUCUCUCUCUCUCUCUCUCUCUCUCUCUCUCUCCAGUGCUCAGUAAUGUCAGUGAGCUACUCGGUCUGGACUGCUUCCAGCUGUCUGAAGUGCUGACGCAGAGAUCCAUGAUCCUCAGAGGAGAAGAGAUAUGCUCUCCGCUCACCAUAGAACAGGUACACACACACAAACACACAUACUCUCGCACAUACACACACAGGGACUUACACAUGCGUUUGCAUUAACACACAGUGCACGGAAGUUUCACUGCCCCUCUCCUCUCUCUCUCUCUCUCCCCCUCUCCCCCCUCUCUCUCUCUUGCGCUCUCUUCCAGGCAGUGGAUUCCCGGGACUCUGUUUCCAUGGCUCUGUAUUCCCAGUGUUUUUCCUGGAUCAUUCUCCGGAUCAACCAGAAGAUCAAAGGGAAAGACAACUUCAAAUCCAUCGGAAUACUGGACAUCUUCGGCUUCGAGAACUUCCAGGUGAAGGGCUUCUAUUUCAACUUCCAUUGUUGUCCAACACACACACACACACUCUCACACACACACACACACACACACACACUCACACACACAAAUGCACGUAUGACUGAUGGUUCUAAACCAGUUCAUCUCUAUCCCACUGAGCUAUCUCGCUACACAUGCACAUGCAUAUGGUACACAACCACACACACACUCUUUCUCUCCAUAUCUCAAAGGUGUGUGUGUGUUGUCCCUCUAGGUGAAUCGGUUUGAGCAGUUCAACAUCAACUACGCCAACGAGAAGCUGCAGGAGUACUUCAACAAACACAUCUUCUCUCUGGAACAACUGGAGUACAACAGGUAUACACACACACACAUACACACACACACACACUGAGAUAUACAUACACAUUCUGAGACAGAAACUAUGUUGGGCUCUACCUGUGAUAACGUUGUGUGUCCAUAGGGAGGGAGUCCAGUGGGAAGCCAUAGACUGGAUGGAUAACGCUGAGUGUCUGGACCUCAUAGAGAAGGUAAGAGACCAAGGUAGUCUCCCAAAUGGCAUUCUACAGAUGUAGAAUCUUAAUUUGAGCCAGUUUGCUACAGCAGGAAAAAAAAUCCUGCAACAACAGGAAAUGUGAAUUAUUAUGUACAGUGGGGAAAAAAAGUAUUUAGUCAGCCACCAAUUGUGCAAGUUCUCCCACUUAAAAAGAUGAGAGAGGCCUGUAAUUUUCAUCAUAGGUACACGUCAACUAUGACAUACAAAAUGAGAAAAAAAAUCCAGAAAAUCACAUUGUAGGAUUUUUAAUGAAUUUAUUUGCAAAUUAUGGUGGAAAAUAAGUAUUUGGUCAAUAACAAAAGUUUCUCAAUACUUUGUUAUAUAACCUUUGUUGGCAAUGACACAGGUCAAACGUUUUAUGUAUGUCUUCACAAGGUUUUCACACACUGUUGCUGGUAUUUUGGCCCAUUCCUCCAUGCAGAUCUCCUCUAGAGCAGUGAUGUUUUGGGGCUGUCGCUGGGCAACACGGACUUUCAACUCCCUCCAAAGAUUUUCUAUGGGGUUGAGAUCUGGAGACUGGCUAGGCCACUCCAGGACCUUGAAAUGCUUCUUACGAAGCCACUCCUUCGUUGCCUGGGCGGUGUGUUUGGGAUCAUUGUCAUGCUGAAAGACCCAGCCACGUUUCAUCUUCAAUGCCCUUGCUGAUGGAAGGAGGUUUUCACUCAAAAUCUCACGAUACAUGGCCCCAUUCAUUCUUUCCUUUACACGGAUCAGUCGUCCUGGUCCCUUUGCAGAAAAAACAGCCCCAAAGCAUGAUGUUUCCGCCCCUACGCUUCACAGUAGGUAUGGUGUUCUUUGGAUGCAACUCAGCAUUCUUUGUCCUCCAAACACGACGAACCAAAAAGUUCUAUUUUGGUUUCAUCUGACCAUAUGACAUUCUCCCAAUCCUCUUCUGGAUCAUCCAAAUGCACACUAGCAAACUUCAGAUGGGACUGGACAAUUACUGGCUUAAGCAGGGGGACACAUCUGGCACUGCAGGAUUUGAGUCCCUGGCGGCGUAGUGUGUUACUGAUGGUAGGCUUUGUUACUUUGGUCCCAGCUCUCUGCAGGUCAUUCACUAGGUCCCCCCGUGUGGUUCUGGGAUUUUUGCUCACCGUUCUUGUGAUCAUUUUGACCCCACGGGGUGAGAUCUUGCGUGGAGCCCCAGAUCGAGGGAGAUUAUCAGUGGUCUUGUAUGUCUUCCAUUUCCUAAUAAAUGCUCCCACAGUUGAUUUCUUCAAACCAAGCUGCUUACCUAUUGCAUAUUCAGUCUUCCCAGCCUGGUGCAGGUCUACAAUUCUGUUUCGGGUGUCCUUUGACAGCUCUUUGGUCUUGGCCAUAGUGGAGUUUGGAGUGUGACUGUUUGAGGUUGUGGACAGGUGUCUUUUAUACUGAUAACAAGUUCAAACAGGUGCCAUUAAUACAGGUAACGAGUGGAGGACAGAGGAGCCUCUUAAAGAAGAAGUUACAGGUCUGUGAGAGCCAGAAAUCUUGCUUGUUUGUAGGUGACCAAAUACUUAUUUUCCACCAUAAUUUGCAAAUAAAUUCAUAUAAAUUUUUACAAUGUGAUUUUCUGGAUUCUUUUUUCUCAAUUUGUCUGUCAUAGUUGACGUGUACCUAUGAUGAAAAUUACAGGCCUCUCUCAUCUUUUUAAGUGGGAGAACUUGCACAAUUGGUGGCUGACUAAAUACUUUUUUUCCCCACUGUAGAUUAUAAUUAAUGUACAUUUUUGUGGGGGUUAAUAAAUUUUUCGUAAGGGAAAAUCAGGUCUGAAAUUUCAAAGUGGAAAUUACAAACUUCAGAAGCCUCUUUAAACCUCAAAUACACUACACGUUUUAAAAUGUCCUGCAUUGCAAGAAACUUCUCAUGCAACAAGGUGAUCAAAUUAAGAUCCUACAUCUGUAUUCCCUAUUUAGUCCAUUACUUUGGGCCCAUGAGGCUCUGGCCAAAAGUAGUGCUCUAUAUAGGGAAUAGGGUGCCAUUUGAGAUUCAGUCCAACACUGGGGCUGCUGUAAUGUUAAAAUGAAGUUGAUUUAAUGUUGAUGUAAUGUUACUAUGACGUUAAUCUGAUGUUUUGGUUGUGUGUCUCUCUGGCAGAAACUGGGCAUGCUAGCAUUGGUCAACGAGGAGAGUCGCUUCCCCAAAGGGACAGACUUCACACUGCUGGAGAAACUACACAGCAGGCACUCUGUGAGUCAUACAGUACACAUACACACAGAUCCACAUAAAAAACCCCGCCCCACCCAACACACACACACACACACACACACACACACACACCACAGGUGGCUGGUGGCACCUUCAUUGGGGAGGAUUGGCUCAUAGUAAUGGCUGGAACAGAGUGUACUUAAUGGUAUAAAACUCAUCAAACACAUAGUUUGAUACCAAUCCAUUCACUCCAUUCCAGCCAUUAUUAUGAGCCGUCCUCCCCUCACCAGCCUCCGGUGACAGACACACAUGCUACUAUGUGACAUUCAUUAAUAUGGUGUGCUAUAACUUCUCCUCUCUCUGCAGACAAACCCUUACUAUGUGAAGCCUCGACUGGCUGACCACCAGUUUGGCAUCAGGCACUAUGCUGGAGAGGUUCUAUAUGAUGUCACGGGGGUUCUGGAGAAGAACAGAGAUACAUUCAGAGACGACAUCCUCAACAUGCUGAAGGAGAGCAGACUGGACUUCAUCUAUGAUCUGUUUGAGAGAGUGGGCAGCAGGAACAGUGAGGAGACUCUGAAGAUGGGAACAGCCAGACGCAAGCCUACAGUCAGCUCACAGUUUAGGGUGAGAGAAGUUGUGUGUGUGAUUGUGUGUGUGUGUGUGUGUGUGUGUGUGUGUGUGUACUGAUUCUCUGUGUCUAUCUCUCAGGACUCUCUCCAUUCCCUCAUGGCCACUCUGAGUGUGUCCAACCCUUUCUUCGUGCGCUGCAUCAAACCCAACAACGAAAAGGUUAGCAUUAUCUAUUACAUAUCUAUAUAUUUCACACUACGUAUCUAUAUUAACCCCAAAAGUCCUACCUAUCACUUUACAUACACGUACAUGACCAAAAGUAUGUGGACACCUGCUCGUCGAACAUCUCAUUCCAAAAUCAUGGGCAUUAAAAUGGAGUUGGUCCCCCCUUUGCUGCUAUAACAGCCUCCACUCUUCUGGGAAGGCUUUCCACUAGAUGUUGGAACAUUUCUGCUGGGAUUUGCUUCCAUUCAGCCACAAGAGCAUUAGUGAGGUCGGGCACUGAUGUUGGGAGAUUAAGCCUGGCUCGCAGUCGGCAUUCCAAUUCAUCCCAAAGGUGUUCGAUGGGGUUGAGGUCAGGGCUCUGUGCAGGCCAAUCAAGUUCUGCCACACCGAUCUUGACAAACCAUUUCUAUAUGGACCUCGCUUUGUGCACAGGGGCAUUGUCAUGCUGAAAUAGGAAAGGGCCUUCCCCAAACAAAGUUGGAAGCACAUAAUUGUCUAGAAUGUCAUUGAAUGCUGGAGUGUUAAGAUUUCCCUUCACUGGAAAUAAGGGGCCUAGCCCGAACCAUGAAAAACAUCCCCAGUCCAUUAUUCCUCCUCCACCAAACUUUACAGUUGGCACUAUGCAUUCGGGCAGGUAGCGUUCUCCUGGCAUCCGCCAAACCCAGAUUUGUCUGUUGGACUGCCAGAUGGUGAAGCGUGAUUCAUCACUCCAGAGAACGCGUUUCCACUGCUCCAGAGUCCAAUGGAGGCGAGCUUUACACCACUCCAGCCGACGCUUGGCAUUGCGCAUGGUGAUCUUAGGCUUGUGUGCGGCUGCUCGGCCAUGGAAACCCAUUUCAUGAAGCUCCUGAUUAACAGUUCUUGUGCUGAUGUUGCUUCCAGAGGCAGUUUGGAACUCGGUAGUGAGUGUUGCAACCGAGGACCGACGAUUUGUAUGCGCUUCAACACUCAGCGGUCCCGUUCUGUGAGCUUGUGUGGCUUACCACUUUGCGGCUGAGCCGUUGUUGCUCCUAGACGUUUCCACAUCACAAUAACAGCACUUACAGUUGACCGGGGCAACUCUAGCAGGGCAGAAAUUUGACGAACUGACUUGUUGAAAAGGUGGCAUCCUAUGACGGUGCCACGUUUAAAGUCACUGAGAUCUUCAGUAAGGCCAUUCUACUGACAUUGUUUGUCUAUGGAGAUUGCAUUGUUGUGUGCUUGAUUUUAUACACCUGUCAGCAACGGGUGUGGCCGAAAUAGCCGAAUCCACUAAUUUGAAGGGGUGUCCACAUACUUUUGUAUAUAUAGUGUAUCUUUGUGUGGGGGAAGACACUCUUUACCUGGCAUCAAGCUUCUUGAACAUAGGGUAACACAAAUGUAUUUCAGAACAUCUUAUUGUAACCAAACACCUCUGACCUCUGACCCGUGUAGAACCCUAGCGUGUUUGACCCGGAAGUGGUUCUGAACCAGCUGAGGUAUUCUGGGAUGCUAGAAACAGUUAAGAUCCGCAGGGCCGGCUUUCCUGUCCGCAGAACCUUCAAAGAAUUCUUCAGCCGGUCAGUGUGUGUGUUUGUCUGUGUGUGUGUCAGUGUGUUUGAGUGUCAGUGUGUGUGUGUGUGUGUGUGUGUGUGUGUGUGUGUGUGUGUGUGUGUGUGUGUGUGUGUGUGUGUGUGUGUGUCUGUCUGUCUGUCUCUUCCCCCUGCCCCUCAAUUUGUAAUUCUCUCUCUCCUGGGCUAGUGUAUGUAAAUAAACUUUGUUUGUUUUAACUUUGUAACUCUUUCACUCCCUCUUUCUCCACCCCUCUCUUCCCCUCUCACAGGUAUCAGAUCAUUCUGCAGGAGAAGGUGAGUGGAGCGGGGGAUGAUAAGAAGAGGAGUACAGACCUGCUGACCAAAUACGACCGCGCCAAGAAGGAGUGGCAGCUGGGAAAGACCAAGGUAAGACUGUAGCAGAACUUUAGUAGACCCUGCCCACCUGACCCCUGACCUCUCACCCCUGACCUCACACCUCUGACCUCUAGGUGUUUAUGAAGGAGUCUCUGGAACAGCGUUUGGAGAAAGAGAGAGACGAGGUUCGCCGUAAAGCAGGCAUGGUCAUCAGAGCCCACAUCCUCACCUACACCGCUAGGAAGCACUUUAAGCGUGUGAAGGGGAGCGUCAUCACCCUCCAGGGGUACCUUCGUACCCACAUACAACGGAAAUGGUUUCUACGGCGAUGCUUGGCGACGCGGGUGCUCCAGAAACACAGACGAGGACAGGUGGCCCGCACACGCUGCCGCAAACUCCGAGAGGAGAGGAGGAAGAGAGAGGAGGAGGAGAGGAAGAAGAGAGAACAGGAGGAGGGGAAGAAGAAGGGAGAGGAUGCGGGCGAGGGGAAGAAGGAGGGAGAGGUGGAAGGAGAGAAGGAGGGAGGAGUAGAGGCAAAGGCCGCUCAGGGUUCUGAGGUGAGCUUUCUCUUCUCUACUCUUUUCUCUGCUCACCCCUCUUUUAGAAAAUGGUCUGGUCCUGAGGCCAUAGACUAUCAUAGGAAUGGGCUCAUCCAUGUCAUCAGACAUAGGGAUGUCAUGAGAUGACACCUGACGUUCUUUAUAAUUUCCUCUCUUUCUCUCCCUCUCCACUCUAUUGUGUCUCUCUCCCUUUCCUCCCUCCAUCUUCCCCCUCCUCCCUCUAUCUCCCUCUUCCAGAAAAAGGAAGGAAAGACGGAAGAAGAGGCCCGUCAGAUGGAGGAGAUCUUGCGUAUAGAGUUGGAGAUCGAGCGCCUGCAGAAACAGAGGGAGGAUGGGGUCUCCCAGCUCUGUGAGUCCUCCAGGCAGGAGCUCCGGCUACGCCGGGACGCAGAGAUCAAGAGGCUGAAGAAGGAGGCCUCUCGUAAGGCCACAGAACUAAUCGACCUCCUGGACUUUGGUGGUCUGGAUCCCAGUUUAGCCGCCGCUAGCGCUAGCGCAGAGGUUGGUGUUCCGUAUAUCGUGAAUAGUGUUGAGGUUGUUCUUUUGUGGCCCUCUCCUGUGUCAAGUUGGAUAUGCUUAAAACAUAUUUGCCCUUAUCUGCCCUGACACUAACCCGUUGUCUCCCUGCCGUCCAGCGGCUCCAGGAGGGGCCAGGCGUGGCCACGGCCGUAACCCAGGAGGAGGAGGUGGACGAGGGCUUCCAUGCCGAGGAGGAGUGCACCGUCCCUCUCCUCCCAGACUUCCCUCCUCCAGCCGAGACUGACGCUGCCGUGGACCAGGAGAUGUUCGCCCACCUGCCCCCUCCUCCACCCGCCUUCGCUGAGGGCUCUACUGCUACACCGCCUCCCCCUCCCCUCGAUUCAUCCUCACCUGCUCCCGUCCCUCCCCCACCUCCCCCCUUACCAGCUGGAGAUGGCUCUGCCUUCCCUCCCCCCCCACCACUGCCUCCUGGAGAGGGGGAGGGAAAAGGAAAAGAGGGGGAGAAAAAAGAGGGUGAUGGAGGGAGGACAACGAGUAUAUUGAGCCUCGGAGAAGGGGAGGAGCCGAUCUACAGCAUGCCGGUCGACAGCGGCGAAUCAGAUUACGACGAGGAGGAGGGGUCUGUCAACGCGGGAGACGAUGGUUCCGUAUCCGGGCAGAAUAGCAACAGAGGCAGCGCGGCCAUGACGGAGGAAGAAGCUCUGAGGAAGUCCACAUGCACCAACGCCAGUAUAGAGUCAUACAGGGGCAGCUCUGACUCAGUUAGUACACACACACAUACACACACUCAUACACACACACACACACAUACACACGUUAUUGCUGUGUAUAUUUAUUCGGCCACCAAGAGCCAUCAGAACAGCUUCAAUGCGCCUUGGCAUUGAUUCUACAAGUGUCUUGAACUCUAUUGGAGGAAUGAGACACCAUUCUUCCACGAGAAAUUCCAUCAGUUGGUGUUUUGUUGAUGGUGGUGGAAAACGCUGUCUCAGGCGCCGCUUCAGAAUCUCCCAUAAUUGUCCAAUUGGGUUGAGAUCUGGUGACUGAGAUGGACAUGGCAUAUCGUGAAACAUCAGCAAGUUGAGCAGUCUUUGUCACUGAAGCUCCUUCCAAAUGUGCCCCAACUAUCACCUCUCUUUCAAAGUCACUGACAUCUCUUCUUCUAGCCAUGGUCACUAAAAUAAUGGGCAACUGGGCCUGCCCAGCAUUUUAUACAUAACCCUAAGCAUGAUGGGAUGUUAAUUCCACAACUGCUUUCAAUACACUUUGUAUCUCUCAUUUACUCAAGUGUUUUCUUUAUUUUGGCAGUUACCUGUAUAUAUAUAUAUAUAUAUAUAUAUAUAUAUAUAUAUAUAUAUAUAUAUAUAUAUAUAUACAGUUGAAGUCGGAAGUUUACAUACACCUUACCCAAAUACAUUUAAACUAAGUUUUUCACAAUUCCUGACAUUUAAUCCUAGUAAAAAUGUACCUACUUAGGUCAAUUAGUAUCACCACUUUAUUUUAAGAAUGUGAAAUGUCAGAAAAAUAGUAGAGAGAAUAAUUUAUUUCAGCUUUUAUUUCUUUCAUCACAUUCCCAGUGGGUCAGAAGUUUACAUACACUCAAUUAGUAUUUGUUAGCAUUGCCUUUAAAUUGUUUAACUUGGGUCAAAUGUUUUGGGUAGCCUUCCACAAGCUUCCCACAAUAAGUUGGAUGAAUUUUGGCCCAUUCCUCCUGACAGAGCUGGUGUAACUGAGUCAGGUUUGUAGGCCUCCUUGCUCGCACACGCUUUUUCAGUUCUGCCCACACAUUUUCUAUAGGAUUGAGGUCAGGGCUUUGUGAUGGCCACUCCAAUACCUUGACUUUGUUGUCCUUAAGCCAUUUUGCCACAACUUUGGAAGUAUGCUUGGGGUCAUUGUCCAUUUGGAAGACCCAUUUGCGACCAAGCUUUAACUUCCUGACUGAUGUCUUGAAAUGUCGCUUCAAUAUAUCCACAUAAUUUUCCUUCCUCAUGAUGCCAUUUAUUUUGUGAAGUGCACCAGACCCUCCUGCAGCAAAGCACACCCACAGCAUGAUGCUGCCAUCCCCGUGCUUCACAGUUGGGAUGGUGUUCUUCGGGCUUGCAAGCAUCCCCCUUUUUCCUCCAAACAUAACGAUGGUCAUAAUGGCCAAACAGUUCUAUUUUUGUUUCAUCAGACCAGAGGACAUUUCUCCAAAAAGUACAAUCUUUGUCCCAAUGUGCAGUUGCAAACCGUAGUCUGGCUUUUUUAUGGCGGUUUUGGAGCAGUGGCUUCUUCCUUGCUGAGCGGCCUUUCAGGUUAUGUCGAUAUAGGACUCGUUUUACUGUGGAUAGAGAUAAUUUUGUACCUGUUUCCUCCAGCAUCUUCACAAGGUCCUUUGCUGUUGUUCUGGGAUUGAUUUGCACUUUUCGCACCAAAGUACGUUUAUCUCUAGGAGACAGAAUGCGUCUCCUUCCUGAGCGGUAUGAUGGCUGCGUGGUCCCAUGGUGUUUAUCAUUUCGUACUAUUGUUUGUACAUAUGAACGUGGUACCUUCAGGCAUUUGGAAAUUGCUCCCAAGGAUGAACCAGACAUGUGAAGGUCUACAAUUUUUUUUCUGAGGUCUUGGCUGAUUUCUUUUGAUUUUCCCAUGAUGUCAAACAAAGAGGCACUGAGUUUGAAGGUAGGCCUUGAAAUACAUGCACAGGUACACCUGCAAUUGACUCAAAUGAUGUCAAUUAGCCUAUCAGAAGCUUGUAAAGCCAUUACAUCAUUUUCUGGAAAUUUCCAAGCUGUUUAAAGGCACAGUCAACUUAGUGUAUGUUAACUUCUGACCCACUGGAAUUGUGAUACAGUGAAUUAUAAGUGAAAUAAUCUGUCUGUAAACAAUUGUUGGAAAAAUUACUUGUGUCAUGCACAAAGUAGUUGUCCUAACCGACUUGCAAAAACUAUAGUUUGUUAACAAGACAUUUGUGGAGUGGUUGAAAAACGAGUUUUAAUGACUCCAACCUAAGUGUAUGUAAACUUCCGACUUCAACUGUAUAUAAUAAUUGUAUAAACUAAGUGUGUCCAGUACAUAUAGAGUGAGUGAUGAGGGUGUUAGUGUGUUAUAUUGCUGUAUAGAUAGAUAUAUAUUGAGGUAUAUAUUUGUGUUGUCCAGUACAUGGAGAGUGAUGAUGAGCAUGAUGAGCUGUUGGAGACAGAUGAGGAGGUACACAACGGCAGGGUCACUCUUCUCAACGGGAACGGACCUCCGUACUUCCAUAGCUACCUCUACAUGAAGGGUGAGUACAUACACAAACACACAAACACAUACACACACACAAACACACACACACACAUACACAGUACUUACACACAGGCCAUGUUUCUCUCCCAUCCCUUUAACUGGUCGUAGUGGCGUAGUGAACCUGUAUGAGACUGUGUGUGUAUCUCUCUCUCUCUCUCUCUCUCUCUCUCUCUCUCUCUCUCUCUCUCUCUCUCUCUCUCUCUCUCUCUCUCUCUCUCCUAGCUGGUCUGAUGAUCCCAUGGCGGAGGCGGUGGUGUGUGUUGAAGGAUGAGACCUUCAUGUGGUUCCGCUCCAAACAGGAGUCCCUCAAGUCUGGCUGGCUCCAUAAGAAGGGAGGAGGACUGUCCACUCUGUCCCGCAGGUUGGGGUGUGUGUCUGUUUGUUUAGAGGGGGAUUAGAGGGGAGUGUUUGGUGUGUGAGUGUGUGUUAACCCCUACACCCUACCCCCCCCCUGCAGGAACUGGAAGAUGCGUUGGUUUGUUCUGAGGGAACACAAACUGAUGUACUUUGACAACGACAGCGAGGAGAAACUGAAGGGAACCAUCGACAUCCGCGCCGCCAAGUAAGACUCUAAUACCCACAAUGCAAUGCUCCAGUCUUAAGCCCUAUCCACAAUGCAACUCACACCCAAAGCAAAACAUAUUUCCUUCCCUCUCUGUUCCUCACAGGGAGAUCGUGAACAACCAUGAGAAGGAGAAUGCGUUGAACAUCGUGACAGAUGAGAGGACGUACCAGGUGUUUGCUGAGUCGCCAGAAGACGCCAGGUAUGGAGACACCAAAGUGUUUGACUUAUGUAUUUGGCCAUGGUCUCUAAUAACCAACCUUGUAGAACCAUAGGUCUCAGAUACACCUGUGUUUUUGCUCACAGAGAAGGGAGACAUGAUGCUUAUGAAAAGAACGAUAAUAUCAAUUUUCAUCUUAAAUUGUUCUCUCUCUUCCCCCCUCUCUCUCUCCCUCGCUCUCUCUCUCCCCUCUCUCCCUCUCUCUUUUUCCAACCCCCCCUCUCUCUCUCCCCCCUCCUCUCACUGUCUCUCCUCAUCUCUCUCCCCCCCCCCCCCCCCCCCCCCCCUCUCUCUCCCACCCCCCUCUCUUUCUCUCUAGUGCGUGGUAUAAAGUCCUCAGUAAGGUUCAUGUGUAUACUCCCGAGCAGCUGAUGGACAUGUCUCAUGAACAGGCCAACCCCAAGAACGCUGUGGUCAGUCUCUACACAGCUUCUAACCAUGUUAUACACAUGUUAUAAUGACCCACACAUCUUAUACACACACUUUACCAUGAUAAUAGAGUAUGUCAUCUCAUGUCAUGUUAUAGGGGACUCUGGACGUGGGGCUGAUCGACUCAGUCUGUGCCUCUGACAACCCUGACAGGUAUGAACUAGCUACUGUGGUUGACCUGGUUUGGGAUUAUAAAUUAGAUGUGUGUUAUGUAUCGGUAUCUAACCUGUGUGUGUGUGUGUGUCCAGGCCCAACUCAUUUGUGAUCAUCACAGCGAACCGUGUGAUCCACUGUAACACUGACACUCCAGAAGAGAUGCACCACUGGAUCAGCCUGCUGCAGAAACCUAAAGGAGACGCCAAGAUAGACGGACAGGAGUUCCUGGUUAGGGGUGGGUAACACACCCACACAAACACAAACAGACACAUACUGACUGAGUUGGAACAUAGGUCUGCUGUGCACCAUGAGAUUGUGUUAGUCUUCAGGUCUCAGACAAUGUUACUCAUUACACACCAUUUUUUUUUUGUCAUUUAGCAGACGCACUUAUCCAGAGCGACUUACAGGAGCAAUUAGGGUUAAGUGCCUUGCUCAAGGGCACAUCGACAGAUUUUUCACCUAGUUGGCUCGGGGAUUAGAACCAGCGACCUUUCGGUUACUGGCACAACGCUCUUAACCACUAAGCUACCUGCCGCCACACAGCACUGAUACACAACUCACCACACAGUUCUUGUGUGAUGGCCCACAAGUGAUACCUUCUCUCUCUCUCUCUCUCUCUCUCUCUCUCUCUCUCUCUCUCUCUCUCUCUCCUCUCUCCCUCUCUCUCUCUGUCUCUCUCUCCCUAUCUCCCUCUCUCUCUCUCUCUCUGUAUCACUCUCCUCUCUCUCUUUCUCUCUCUCUCUCCAUCCCCUAGGUUGGCUCCAGAAGGAGAUGAAGACAGGAACUAAGAGUAAUGUUCUGAAGCUGAAGAAACGCUGGUUCGUGUUAACCCAUAACUCCCUGGAUUACUACAAGAGCUCUGAGCGAAACUCCUCCAAGAUGGGAACCCUCGUCCUCAACUCCCUGUGCUCUGUCUUUCAGCCUGAGGAACGAGUGCACAGAGAGACAGGUGAGAGGGAAGGAGUGAAAGGAGAGGACGAAAGGGAGGAGGGAGUCAGAGGGAAGAAAUGGAGGGUGUAGGGGAUCGGGGGUAGGGUCUAUACUGAUGCCCUUGUUGUCUUUGUAGGGUACUGGAACAUCGUAGUGCACGGACGGAAGCACUCGUAUCGCCUCUACACCAAGAUGCUGAAUGAAGCUCUGAGAUGGAUAGCAGCCAUACAGGCAGUGAUAGACAGCAAGACACCUAUAGAAACACCUACAGUACAGCUCAUUAGAGAUAUCAAGGACAACAGUCUUAACCCUGAGGCGGUGGAGCAGACCUACAGGAGGAAUCCCAUCCUCAGAUACACUCAGCACCCUCUACACUCCCCCCUACUGCCACUGCCCUACGGAGAAGUCAGUAAGUAGAGUGGACCGUCACAAUACAGCCUGCAUCAUACACAUGGUACUGUCCCUUCCUGGUAAUCCUCCUUGUACUGUCACUUCCUGGUAAUUCUCCUUGUACUGUCACUUCCUGGUAAUCCUCCUUGUACUGUCACUUCCUGGUAAUCCUCCUUGUACUGUCACUGACAUGAACAUGAAGGAAUUUGAUGAUAACUUUUCUUUCUUUCUCUCCUCCCUGCCUCCACCUCUCCCUCCUUUCCUCUCCCCCUCUCCCCUCUCCCCCCCCCCCCCCCCCAUCCCUUCCUCUCCUCCCCCCUCCUCCCUCCUUUCCUCUCCCCUACAGUCCAGAGACAGCAGGGCUAUGCCAGUCUUCAGGAUGAAGCUAUCCGAGUGUUUAACUCUCUUCAGGAGAUGGAGACUCUGGCAGACCCUGUUCCUAUCAUAAGGGGGGUACUACAGACCUGUCAGGACCUGAGACCG